AUAAAAUAAUUCCGAACUGGAGAGCACGAUUCAGUGUUGGUGAUAACUUCGAAGAAGAUAGAUUCAUUAUUACCUUUUUUUUGUGUUCAGUAAAAUCUUAAAACAAUGAGUGGAUCGAAUUUUCUUAUAACCUUUUUGUCAUUGCCCAUAAUUUUGAUAUCUUCAUCACCAACUCCCGGAUCUGGUUUCUUCGCAGCGUCUGCCGGUUUAAGUCCACCAAUUAUCUUCGACGGAGCGAACGUUGGAGUUAAUUUCGGUGGUUAUCAUGCUUCCGCUGGUUUGGGAGGACUUUUAGGAGGCGGAUUAGCUAGAGGAGGACUUCACGCGGAAGCCGGGACUGGUUACGGACAGGAAGCAGCUGCAGGACUCGGAGGAAGUGUUGGAGGAGCAAGUUCCUCUGGAGGUCUUUAUGCUGGUGCAACGUCAGGUGGUUCAUUUUCAGCUGCUGAAUCAGGAUCUGUAUCGGCAUCUAAAUCUUCAUCAGCAUCUUUUAGUUCAUCUUUUAGCGGUUCUGCAGCUAGUGCUGGAGCAAGUUCGGGUGCUGCCGUUGUAACGGAAGAAAAAGUACAUGCUCCACCUAGAAAAACAUACAUUGAGAGAACUGUCAUUCCUAAUUAUGUAGAAAAAACAGUUCAAGUUCCUACUUAUGUUGAAAAAACCGUGAGAGUACCAACUGUAGUCACCAAAAAGGUUAAAGUUGAAACUGCCCCAACGAUUAUUGAAAAAACCGUUGAAGCACCUCAAGAACAUGUUUCUGGUGGUUAUUCCGGUGGAUACUCAGGAGGAUAUUCAGGUGGGUAUUCUGGUGGAUUCUCAGGAGCUCUCUCAGGAAGUGCUGCUUCUUCAGCUUCUGCUUCCGCUUCGGCAUCUGCGUCUGCAUCAGCAUCAUCAGCAGUAAGCGGUGCCGCUUCAAUGUCUGCAGGAGGAAGUACAGUAAGUGUUGUAAAACAAGAAAAUCCAGAUGUAUAUAACGAUAAUUGGGGGUAUCAUAAAGCUUCACACGGAAGUUUUUCAACAGGAGGAGGAUUAUACGGAUCGGGUGGUGGAGGUUCAGCUUCGUAUUCUGUUAGAAAAAGUGUUAACAGACAAAUCAUAAAUGACAUAUUUAAUAUCCCUAUUCAAACGUUAGGAGCAGUUAACAAAUUGGUUGGAGGCCUCGCUAGCGGAGCCAGCGCAAGUGGAUCUUUCGCCGUCAAUAAAUACGCCUAUAAAAAAUAAAGACCCCAGAAAUGUUUAAUUGACAUUAAAAUUAUGGUAUUUUAAUUUAUUUUUAUUUU